AUGCUGCAGGACAAGAACGGCGGCGGCGUGGGCAGCCUCCCCGACGAGGUGCUGCACACGCUGCUGGAGCACUACGCCAGCAAGGCAGACACCAACCGGCGGCACCGGCGCCACCUCGUCCACCUCCCCGCCGGCGUCUGCGGCGCUCGCCGCCUCGUCAGGCGACAAGCAGAGCAUGAUGCAGGACUACUCCAAGUUCCUACAGCAGGCGCUGGAGCGCACGAGCCACAACGACACGGCGCUCUUCAACCCCAUCGUCUCCACCGCGCAGGCCGGCGCCGGCGGCGGCGGAGCCGCGGCCUCCGCGGGGGGGGGGGCGGCUCCGGCUCGUCGGGCCUUCGCUACGGCCACGACGCCUCCUCCUCUUCCUCCUCCUCCUCUUCCUCCUCCGCCGCCGCCGCCGCCGCCGCCUCCGGCUCCUCCUCGUCGCCGGGGCAGCCGCAGGCCGGCGCGGGCUCGGCGCCACCGACGCCGGCGCGUCUCUCGGCGGGAGCGCCGCCGCCCCCGCCCCCGCCGCCCCCGCCCCCGCCGGCCCCUCCCGGCGGCGCCGGCCAGCCGCUGUUCCAGCUGUCGGCGGCGGAGCGCGCCGCGGCGGCCGCGGCCACCGCCACCGGCACCGCGGCCGCCGCCGCCGCGGCCGCCGCGGCGUUCGGGGCGCUGGCGGUGCAGCCCAACUUCCUGCCGGGCGCCGCCGUCGGGGUGGACCCCGCCAGCCUGCAGGUGGCUGGUCGGAAGCCCCAGUUCCGUCUCGUCGACCCCCAGCACUCGUUCCAGUUCCCGGGCCCGGAGAGCUUCCUCCAGGGCAUGGCGCCAGCGCACACCUUCCUUGAGCAGUUCCAGCAGGCGAGCGUGCGCAUCCCUUCCUCGUUCGCCGGCGCCUCCAACGGGCAGCUCAACCCGCGCCUCAAGCUGGGCAACCCCGAGUUUGGCGACUACGCGCUGGUCAACGCCGCCGCUGCCGCCGCCGCCGACGGCCAAGCGUCGGUGUCCACGCAGGCGGCGGCGCCGCAGAGCUUCGGCUACAACGCCUUUCUGUGCAGCUCCUUCCCGGAGGACCACCACGCCGAGAUGCUGAGAUACGCCCGCUCCUCGCUCCGAUGAGACUCACGGCACCGCCGUGUUCCGGGACGGACUCUGCUGAAGGAACUUUUGAUAGAAGCUGUGAAAUUAUUUGACCUAUUGAGCGCACGGGACAACGGAAGGACGCACGGACACCGCAACACAACACGAGCACGCACACAGCAGCCCCCUCUCUCUCUCUCUCUCCCCUGGGGGGGGGGGGGGCGGAGUGGUGGCGGAUCGUUAUGAUCACUAUAAUUAUUAUUAAUCAUCGUUAUUGUUAUUAAUAUUUUUAUUUGCCCGCCCUCCCCCCCCACCCACCCUGUUCAUUUCCUGACGAAACACCCCCCGCCGCCCCCCCCGCCCCCGCCCCCCCCCACGAGACAAACGCAGCCCGUUAAGCUGCGUUUGCAUUUUACCCAAACUCCACGUGACUGUUUUUUGGAAAGGAAUAUUUUUAGGCGAGAAAGAGAGAAAGAGUUGCUUCUUCUUCUUACGAUCGUUGUGGCCGCACGCCCGCCCGCCCGCCCGCCCGACUCCGGCCCCCCCCGGGCUCCCCCCCAGCCCCCCCCCCCCCCCCCCACCGGCCGCCCCCCCUCCCCGCGUUUUGUUGUUUUCAUUUCACGUUUUUAUUUGACCGUUAUUUUAAACAAAAAAAUGAUAUCUGGCGGAGUUGCGCAGCCGCUGUAGCGUUAACUGUGGGGCGUGAGGUUGUUAAUGCCAGCGUUAAAUGUAGUUAACCCUCAUUUACUAUUAAUGAUUAACUCUUGUUUAAGCAUAAUUACCAUUGUACCAAACGAUUAACAAUUGCAUUACCUCUUGUAGUAUGUAGGCGAGUCUUUGUAAGUUUUUCUUUCAUAUAUGUAACUUGUAAAUACAGACAUAGCAUGCCCGCAUUGUAGAAUUGCAUUUUUACUAUAUUUUUCGGUAAAGACGACGACGCUGGUGAUGAUGAUGAUGAUGGUGGCGACGAUGACGAUGACAGUGAUGGUGAUGAUGCCUCCAGUUGCUGGUUUCUCUGACCUUAAAGUUCUAAUUUCACCCCUGUACACACAACUCCUUCACUUGGCGAGUGUGUAAUAAAGGUAGCUGUUUAUCA